CCCGCCUUCCCGCCUCGCUUCCGGCCGCGGCCGGGCGGUUGCGGGCGGCUGGCUCUCCGCGGGCUCUCGGGCGCGGGUCGGGCCCGCGGCGGGCGGCGGCCAUGAACUUCUCCGAGGCGUUCAAGCUCUCCAGCCUGCUCUGCAGGUUCUCCCCGGACGGCAAGUACCUGGCCUCCUGUGUCCAGUACCGGUUAGUAGUCCGGGAUGUGAGCACCCUGCAGAUUCGUCAGCUGUACACUUGCCUGGACCAGAUCCAGCACAUAGAGUGGUCAGCAGACUCCCUCUUCAUCCUCUGUGCCAUGUACAGACGUGGGCUUGUGCAGGUCUGGUCUCUGGAGCAGCCAGAGUGGCACUGCAAGAUCGACGAGGGCUCGGCAGGGCUGGUGGCCUCGUGUUGGAGCCCAGACGGGCGCCACAUCUUGAACACAACAGAAUUCCACCUGCGGAUAACCGUCUGGUCUCUGUGUACGAAGUCCGUGUCUUACAUCAAGUACCCCAAAGCCUGUCAGCAGGGAGUCACUUUCACCAGGGAUGGCCGCUACAUGGCCUUGGCAGAGAGGCGGGACUGCAAGGACUACGUGAGCAUCUUCGUGUGCAGCGACUGGCAGCUCCUGAGGCAUUUCGAUACAGACACCCAGGACCUGGCCGGGAUCGAGUGGGCCCCGAACGGCUGUGUGCUGGCAGCGUGGGACACCUGCUUGGAGUACAAGGUUCUGCUGUACUCCCUGGAUGGCCGGCUGCUGUCAGCAUACUGUGCCUACGAGUGGUCUCUGGGCAUCAAGUCUGUGGCCUGGAGCCCCAGCAGUCAGUUCCUGGCUGUGGGGAGCUACGAUGGAAAGGUGCGCCUCCUUAAUCAUGUGACUUGGAAAAUGAUCACAGAGUUCGGGCAUCCUGCAGCCAUUAACAAUCCCAAGAUAGUGGUGUACAAGGAAGCAGAGAAGGGCCCACCACUGGGACUGGGCCGCCUGUCCUUCCCACCACCCCGAGCACUGGCUGUCCCCCUCUCAACCGCAGAGAGCAAAUAUGAGAUCGCCUCUGUGCCAGUUUCUUUGCAGAGCCUGAAGCCAGCCACCGACAGAGCGAACCCUAGGAUGGGCGUGGGGAUGCUGGCUUUCAGUGCCGACAGCUACUUCUUGGCCACAAGGAACGAUAAUGUCCCCAACGCUGUCUGGGUCUGGGACAUCCAGAAGCUGAGGCUCUUUGUGGUGCUAGAGCAGCUGGCCCCAGUGCGCUCCUUCCUGUGGGACCCACAGCAGCCUCGGCUGGCCAUCUGCACAGGAAGCAGCAAGGUCUACCUGUGGUCCCCAGCAGGCUGCGUGUCAGUGCAGGUGCCUGGGGAGGGUGACUUUCCGGUGCUUUCUCUGUGCUGGCAUUCCAGUGGGGACUCCUUGGCCCUCCUCAGUAAGGAUCACUUCUGUCUCUGCUUCCUGGACACUGAGGAGGGGAUCCACACAGCUCUGGGAGAGCGGGACAGCCAUGCAUAGGAUCUGUGUGGAACCCUCAGCAGGAAUUCCAUGUCCCUGAUGUGGGGGAUGGGGGUUCCUCUGGGAGCUCUCCAGCCAUGAUGUCCGGCUCAGUGACUUGAUCCUGAUUUUCUAUAGCAAGGGGUUUUUGUAAAUAUGUGCAAUAUAAAGCUGUAAUUUUCAUUAUUUAAAAUAAAUAUUUGUUAAUUUAUAAAACA